UGCACGACGAGCGCUGGAGGCGGCAGCUACAGCGGAGACCUGGGUUUUUCUCGUCCCCCUUCUCCUCCUUUUUUUUUUUUUUCCUCCUUUUUCCCCUCCUUCCUCCCCCUCUUCCCUCCCCUUCCCCUGCGCUGCCAGAGCCAGAGAAAACUCCCGUGCAAAGCCCAGGCACCGCCGCCAAAUAGCCAGUGCGCUCCGCGGCCGCCUGCUCGGACUGGAAAGUUGCGGCAGACUCCGGUGCUACCGCGGGGAGAAGGCUCCGGACUUACAAAAACCCAGACGGGGGCAGGGGCUAGACGUUUUGCACCGCUCUUCUUCUUCCUGCACAGACCCGAAGGCAGCAUCUUUUGUUUUGUUUUGCUUUUUGACCUUUCUGCUGCUGCUCCUUUCUCCUUCCAACCGGGUGUCUCAGGGCCAGGAGCUGCAGCAGCCUGCGGUGCGGUGCGAACGCUGAUACAAAAAGACAGAGAACAUCCAGGCGGCCCCGGGUGCCGGCUCGUCCUUGGCUUUGUUACUCGAGGCUGAAGAAGCCCCAGAAGCCGGGAGAAGGAGGAGGCGGCGGUGGAGGGGAAGCAGAGGAAAGGAAGCGAGAAAGCAAAGGCAAAGUUGAUUUGGUAUAAGGGAGCGCGGUCAGCCCUCUGCCAGGCUGCGCGCUGGAGUGAGGUCUCCAGCCCCCUCCGCCGGGAGAGGUGCCCGCAAGACAGCGAUGGCCGGAGAGCUCAGUAUCGGAGCCGAGCUGCCCACUAGCCCCCUGGCCAUGGAGUACGUCAACGACUUCGACCUGAUGAAGUUCGACGUGAAGAAGGAGCCCCUGGGCAGGAACGACCGCUCGGGCAGGCACUGCACCCGCCUGCAGCCUGCCGGCUCCGUCUCCUCCACCCCUAUCAGCACUCCCUGCAGCUCCGUGCCCUCCUCGCCCAGCUUCAGCCCCACCGAGCAAAAGACCCACUUGGAGGACCUGUACUGGAUGGCCAACAGCUACCAGCAGAUGAACCCCGAAGCGCUGAACCUCACCCCAGAGGACGCUGUCGAAGCCCUCAUAGGGUCCCACCAGGUUCAGCAGCUGCAAGGUUUUGAGAGCUUCCGGGCCCACCACCACCAUCAUCACCACCAUCACCAACACCACCACCAGUAUCCCGCAGUCACUCACGAAGACCUGGCCGGCAGCGGGCACCCUCACCACCACCACCAUCAUCACCACCAGGCCUCUCCCACCCCUUCCACCUCCUCCAGCUCCUCCCAGCAGCUCCAGAACUCGCAUCAGCAGCAUCCCCCCUCCAGCAGUGUGGAGGACCGGUUCUCGGAUGACCAGCUGGUCUCCAUGUCCGUGAGGGAGCUCAACAGGCAUCUCCGAGGCUUCACCAAAGACGAGGUGAUCCGCCUCAAGCAGAAGAGGAGGACCUUGAAGAACAGGGGCUAUGCCCAGUCCUGCAGGUAUAAACGUGUCCAGCAGAAACACCACCUGGAGAAUGAAAAGACCCAGCUCAUUCAGCAGGUGGAACAGCUCAAGCAAGAAGUGACCCGGCUGGCCAGAGAGAGAGACGCCUACAAGCUCAAGUGUGAGAAACUUGCCAGCAAUGGCUUCAGAGAGGCCGGCUCCACCAGUGACAACCCAUCUUCCCCUGAGUUCUUCAUGUGAGUGCUUAACAAAAAUAAUUAAAAAACAAACAAACAAAAAAAAACC